CUAUAAAGGCUUCUCCCCGCGUGUCAGGUCUGCCAGUCCCAGAGGGAGAGCGGAGGAGGGCUGUUCCGUGGCUGCGCAGCGGGAGAAGCCUCGGUGAGCAUGAAGGGCCCCGUGCUGCCUCCCUCGGGGGCCGCUCCUCCUCUUCCUGGCUCGGCGGGCGUGCUGCGGGCGGGGGAGCUGGAGAAGCGGAGCGCCAGCCUGCUGCAGCUGUGGAAGAAGAAGCGGGCGGAGCUGCGGGCGGACGGGCUGAGCCUCUUCUCGCCGGAGGGCAGCGGCGGGAAGGAGCUGCGCUUCGGCGCCAUCCAGAAGGUGGACUGCGUGGAGCGGACCGGCAAGUACGUCUACUUCACCAUCGUCACCAAAGACCGGAGGGAGAUCGACUUCCGCUGCCCCGGGGAGAGCUGCUGGAACGCCUCCAUCACCCUCGCCCUCAUCGACUUCCAGAACAAGCGCGCCCUCCGGGACUUCAGGAGCCGGCGGCAGAAAGAGGGAGAAGAAGAAGGGGAAGAGGGAGAGGAGGAGGAGGAGGAGGAAGGAGGGAAGGCCCGGAAGGCCCCGCAGAGGAGGGAGCCCGAGCGCGCGCCCUACGCCCAGGCCCCCACGCGCCGGCCCAGGCUCGCGCGCGCCUCUUCAUGACCAAGAACUUAGCUUUGGAUGGCAAACAAGACCAAGUGCCUUGGACUGGGAUUCAUUUGCACUGGAAGAAGGUACCAAUGAAGGAAAGCAAAGCUGGGUGCCAAAAGCUGCCUAGAUUUCAUCAGAUUUGAUGCUGCUGAGCAGAAUAGUCAAGUCUUUACUGAAAGGCAUUUACUGACCAAAGAGACUUAGAAAACACACCGUCUGGCGAACAGAAAAGGAGACCAGCUUGCAAACUACUGUUUCAUUUUCUAUUUAUAAAAUGCAAAGACUGCUCAACUUCUCCAGAUGGGGAAAAGAACAUAAUUUAUAUUAUUUGUAGGAUCUGUCUUUUGUAUUUAUUUUUGAUUACUGCUUUUCAAAGGAGCACCUGUCUUUAUGUUGCUUUUUUUCCUUUGAUGUGGCCAUUCCAAAUAAAUUAUGUGAAAUGUUCACUUUAUUUUACCAAA